GUUCGAGAAGCUUGUUUCUAUAAAUAGCAGCCGUAUGAUAGUUAAAACUUUGACAGAAGAUACUGCCAGGAAAUCAAUACAAAGGAAUUAUCAGUUGGAAUAAAAAUGGUUUCCAUAACGUUGGAAUUACAAGGAAUAUUGCAGCGUCUACUGGGGAAAUUAAGGAAAAGUCUAAACUGACAAACAAGAAUACAAGAAAACAAAAUGGAGAUUAAAUCAGAAACGAAUAUUGGUUGUGAUGAACUUGCACAAAACGAUUUACAACGUGAUCUUAACUCUAUUAAGGUUGAACGAAAUGAUAAUCUUUCUGAAAACGUGCCGGAAUAUCAGAGAGUGUUGUCUAUCGUCGGUGGAUAUGUUGUCGCAGACAACGAUCAGGAAACAAGUAGUACUCCUACAAAAGAAAAUCUGUCGUUGAUUACAAACGCGGAAAAAGACAUUAAAAACGAAGAAAGUAUGUUUACCAAGGAAACAAAGGAAUUAAAUUUUACACCGAGCGUCGAAACUGCAAAAAAUGCUACUUUGACAGAAGAAAGAUGCGACAUCAAACCAAUCGUUCUAAAACCUUCCUCUGGUAAACACGAAACAAGAAGCACUCCUACAAACGAAAAUCUGCCAUCCAUUACAAAUGUAGAAAAAGACACUAAAAACGAGGAAAGUAAUUUUACCAUGAUGGAAACAAAGGAAUUCAAUUGUUUUGAACCGAGUGUCGAAAUUGCCAAAAAUACUACUUUGAUAGAUGAAAGAUGCACCAUAAAACCAAACGUUCGAAAACCUUCCUCCGGUAAAGAGGAAGACCAAUGGUAA